AUGGAAGGGCCAGGAAUGCCGCCCGGCCGGAGGAGGCACCGUCGCCGCCGCUGCUGCUGCUCGCCGCUGCUGCUCGCCUUGCUGGUGAGCUGCGUGGCGUGUCAAGCUCCGCCGGUGCCGGCCGGGGAGACCCCCUGGGACGGCAAGGACGUGCUCGUCGAGCGCAGCUACGUGCCCGAGCAGUGCCCGCGCACCGUCCGCUCCGGCGACUUCGUGCGCUACCAUUACCACGGCACCUUCCCCGACGGCACCAAGUUCGACUCCAGCUAUGACAGGGGCUCCACGUUCAAUGUGUUUGUGGGUAAAAACCAGCUUAUUACUGGAAUGGACAAAGCUCUCCUUGGCAUGUGCGUGAAUGAGAGACGAUUUGUAAAAAUUCCACCCCACCUUGGCUAUGGGAGUGAAGGAGUUUCUGGUGUAAUUCCUGCAGAUUCAGUACUUCAUUUUGAUGUGCUUUUGGCUGAUCUUUGGAAUUCUGAAGACCAAGUUCAAAUCCAUACUUAUUACAAGCCGGAAAAUUGUACAAGGACAGUUCAGGUGUCUGACUUUGUAAGAUAUCAUUACAAUGGGACAUUUCUAGAUGGAACACUGUUUGACUCGAGUCAUAAUAGGAUGCGAACAUAUGACACCUAUGUGGGAAUCGGUUGGCUAAUCCCUGGUAUGGACAAAGGUCUGCUUGAAAUGUGUGUAGGAGAAAAGCGAAUAAUCACAGUGCCACCUUUCCUAGCCUAUGGAGAAGAUGGAGAUGGUAAAGAAAUUCCGGGUCAGGCUUCUCUUGUCUUCGAUGUGGCUCUCCUAGAUCUCCACAACCCCAAAGAUAGCAUCACUGUGGAAAAGCAAUAUGUGCCUGAAUCCUGUGAGCGUAGAAGCCAAGUUGGGGACUUCCUCAGAUAUCACUAUAACGGCACACUCCUGGAUGGCACAUUGUUUGAUUCCAGUUAUUCACGGAACCGAACAUAUGAUACCUACAUUGGGAAAGGUUAUGUGAUUGCUGGGAUGGAUGAAGGCUUGCUUGGUGUAUGCAUUGGAGAGAAGAGGAGAAUAACAAUCCCACCUCACCUUGGGUAUGGAGAAGAGGGAAGAGGAAAGAUUCCAGGAUCUGCGGUGUUGGUGUUUGACAUUCAUGUGAUGGACUUCCAUAAUCCUUCUGAUUCUGUUGCUAUUACCACUCAUUACAAACCCAGCAACUGCUCAGUAUUGAGCAAGAAAGGUGAUUACUUGAAGUAUCACUACAAUGCCUCACUCCUAGAUGGCACUUUGUUAGACUCAACGGUUAGUCUUGGGAAAACCUAUAAUAUCGUUUUAGGUUCUGGACAAGUUGUAUUGGGAAUGGAUAUGGGUCUGAGAGAUAUGUGUGUUGGAGAAAAACGAACAGUGAUUAUUCCUCCCCACCUCGGUUAUGGAGAGGCUGGAGUUGAAGGAGAAGUGCCUGGAAGUGCUGUGUUAGUUUUCAGCAUUGAACUGCUUGACUUGGUAUCUGGCUUACCAGAUGGCUAUAUGUUUGUAUGGCAUGAUGACGUCUCUCCUAACCUCUUUGAAGAAAUUGACAAGGAUAACAAUGGCGAGGUUCUUCUGGAAGAGUUUACUAAAUAUAUUGACGAGCAAGUUAAUUCUGGCAAAGGAAAGCUUGCUCCUGGCUUUGAUUCUGAAACAAUUGUGAAAAAUAUGUUCGCCAACCAAGACCGAAAUGGAGAUGGCAAGAUUACUGCUGAAGAAUUCAAACUGAAAGACCAGGAGCCACAAGGACAUGAUGAACUGUAGUUUUGUUUGUUUAUAUGAGCUGAACUGCUGUUAGAGUGUAUGCACCAUAGAAGUGGUCUGAAAUGUGUGUGUACGAGUACAGUGGAAAAGAAUGCCCUUGUCUCUGUAUGUGUGAAGUAGGUAAAGGCAUGGGUAUAUAAUGGAAAAAAAUAUCUUAUGGCAAUUAUAUUAUAAAACGUGAAGUGCCUCGAUGGGUUUUAAUGACUUUUAAAAGGAAUACACACAUUACUGUAGUGACACACAGCUUUUGUGAUAUAUUUUUAAAGAGAUGGCUUGGAAUUUUUAUCAUGGGUUUGUGACCCAAAAAUGUACAUGUUUCUGUUAAAAGUAAUGUGUGCAUCUUGACAUUGUUGUUACUCUCCAACAUGCUUCGGUAUCACAGCCCAUGAGAAUAAGAUUAAGAAAGUGAGCUAUUUGAAAUUCCUACCCUAGCUCAGCUAAUAUACCUGGGCCAGGGCAAGAGGAGGGUAUCUAGUAUUAGACCUCUCCCCCAAAUGUUUUGAAAGCCAGUUUCCAACCCAGAUGUAAUACUACCUUGGUAAGCUCUCCUGGUACCAGGGAUCCAUGCUUCCCUAAAGAUUUGAAUUGUAGCUCUGCUUGUAAAAACUUGUCAUCCUUUUUAGAUACCCACGAAUUCAUAUUUGCUGUUCUUCACCAAAACCUUAGAUGCAUAUUACAGAAAAAAGUAUAAAUCAGAAAUGUAGUAGAAAGAUGAAGCAAUAUGCAUAAUGAUAAGAUUAUAACUGCAUAUGCAACAUAAGAUUACUGCAUCUACUCCUUGAGUAGUUAGUAAUCCUCAAGUAGAUUAAAGAACUGUUCAAAAUGUGCUUCAGAUCAAAUCCCAAACCACACUGGGUCUAAACCAGGAGAGUCUGGGACCUAUUUUCACUCUGUGGGCUGUACCUCACCUCCCUUCCCUCCUGAUGCCAGGGGGAAAAAGGCAUCCAGAGGCUAUGGAGCACCCAAAGGGUCAAAAAUUAGCUUGUUAGUGGUUAAAGCUUCAAAAUGGUUACUUCAGAUGCCAUUUUGUUUUUAAUUUUGAUGGGCGGGACAAAGCACAUGCAGGUUUUGAGCCACAUGUUGCCCAUCAGUGGUUUAUACGAUCAAUUUUUCAGACGUCGCCAAAUCUUUAAAACAAGAGAAUAAAUUAGGUGAGAAACUCACUCCCCCAAAGCUUGAUGCAAGUGGCAUUAGUGGAAAUGAACAAAGAGUCUUUCUCAGUGCAAUGAGACCUCCUUUAACUGUAGAAUGGUGCUGGUUUUAAACUUAAGACACACUUUAACAAUGUUUUUACAGAAAGUAAAAUUCUGUAAUAUUUUUUUUUACAAAUUUGUAAUACUAAUAAUGCCAUGAGUAUUUGUUGAAUGUGAUACAUGCUGGUAUUUUUAUUAAAUAAAAUAUUGACAAAUA